CUCGAGUCCGCUGCGAACGAACAACCAUGCUCGCUACACCACUUUCAAGUUUCUUCCUUGCCCUCCUCAGCAUCCAAACACGUUUUGUGCAAGCCGCAGAACAAAACAGUAAUGAGCACAUACGGUGGACACGAGGGGAAAUGGUACCCGUCGAGUGUCCUGUUUUAACAGAGAAUGGUACAACGACUUCAAUGUGGGGACCAGCCCCGACAUGCAUAGAGUCUGCCGAAGAGUUUGCUAUCCCAUUCGCCGUCGAUGCGAAUUAUCAAUGCUCUUGGGUCUUGGAUGGUCCAUUUUACCAGUUUUUGCGGAACGCAAUUGAAGGAAAAGCUCCGUUUAUGUGUCGGGUGCCAUUAAGCAAAGACAAGACGUACUACAUGCCGUUGACAAUAUCACUGUGGGGAGCUCUGGAGCCGGCCCAUCUUCAUGUCAUGAAUCACAUCAACUUUGUUUUCCAUGUAGUUGAUGGUUUCUUUUUGGGAGGGUCCGCCUAUGCAUUGCGGGAUCAUUACGUGAUGGGAGCAGAAGGCGGAGCGUUGACCACUCAUGGUCCUCUAAGAUGGUUUGUUGGACACACAUUCGACCUUCAUCCGGAUGGUGCGCAACAGCCUGCGGAGCAGGCACAACAGCAGGCUGUUGUGAAACCUGCAAACUCAAUCCCUCGAGCGUCCGACGUAAUAAAGAGCGUUGAACGGGAUCUGGUACUGAUAUGGGCGGCUAUUACCGCUCCUUUGGUGGCAGGUAUCUUGGUGAUCCUUUACCUCAGAUAUGGGAAGCAGGCCAUUCAGGUCAAAAAGCAAAAGUAGCUGGACAAUUAACAGACGAGUAAGGAUCUGUACAAGAUUUAUUGCUUCAGAAAAUAGAUAAUCUAUUGUUAUAUUAUUGUAUGAUACAUAUCGAGAUGCAUUGGUUAUUUCACGAAGCGGAGAUAACCUAUGGAAAAG